AUAGUCCUCAUUCAUUGAUGGUACAUUUUGUUCUCUUGGAAUAUUCACUUACGGGUUUUAGGCAAGAAUGGCUUAGGGAUCCCGCCCCCUUUAUGCAACCGGCCAGUCUCCAGCUGGGGCUUUCCUCUCUCCACCUCCAGAGAGCUAGGCUCAACAGGUGUGCAUCACCCCACCUAGUUUCCGGCCUCUUAAGUUGAAUCCUUUGAGUAUCUUUUAGGUUGUCCAUUUAAGAGUGCAUACAGUUAAGGGAAAGGUAUUCAUAUCCUGCAUUUCUACUUGCUAGUUUUUGAGGACUCCUGUCAAUCUAGUUUACUCUACAAAUCCAGCAAACAUAUCCAAAUGAAAUUAUCCUCCAUAGUCUCCCACUUCUCUUCUUUCCAUUGCUCCUGGGAUGUUCUUCAUUCCAAAAGUCCGUCCAUCCAUCCAUUCCUCUCUUCUAGGAGUCAAAGUCGCUUUAAGGUCAGCAGUAAUUCUCAAGAAUCAGACUCGCUCUUAAUUUUUUCCCCCAAAUAAGCGCAGACCUACGGGGGCGAGGCGAGCUUCCGGCGGGGCGGGGCGGGGUGGGGGGCACUAGUCCUGGAUCCGCAGGAUCCGCAUGUGCCUCCGCCGCGGUCCCCGCCCCCCGCAGGUGCCUGGGGGCGGGGCGGGGCGGGGCCGGGCGGCGCCGCAGGGCUCAGGUGGAGGGUGGUCCAGCGGCACCUGCGUCUUCCCGCGGCUUCGGGAGGAGGUAGAUGCGGCGGGUUGUAGCGCCGUCCCAGAGGGGGAGCCGGUCCUCGGCCUCACCCGCACCCACACGCUAGGUCUCCGCUAACCGUCACACCGGCCGCGCCCGCUCGCGUGGAACGUGGCGCACCGGACCGGACGGCCCGCAGUGCGCAGGCGCGCGAGACCCUCGCCGGCUCAGCUUCUCCGCGGCCCUCCCGGAGCGUCCCGGACCUGCGGCGCGCAACGGCAGCGCGGGUGCGAGGGAGCGAGGCGGGCGAGCCGCAGCCAGCACGAUGUCUGAACAAGAGCGUAUACAGGACUGUCUGAGGAAAGAGAUAAGGUCCCUUCUUAUUUCCACUAAGGAUGGUUUGACUCCACAACAGUUGGAAAAGGAGUACCUUUUGAUGGUUGGCAACCAUCUCCCGCUCCGAAUCCUUGGAUAUCGGUCCACUAUGGAACUGGUGUUGGAUAUGCCCGAUGUGGUUAGUGUCUGCCCCGGUGGGGAUGGUACCGUAAUACUGAAAGCCAUUCCAGACGAAUCCACCAAAGGAAUAGCAAGUUUGGUUGCAAAGCAGAGAAGGAGCCAUAAGGUCCGAAACUCCAUGCCAAAGGGAAGACCCAGCAUAUGCUCUGGCCGGGUGCCUUACCGAGGAAGGGUGCCCCCAAUUCUUCCAGCUGUAGUGAAGAGUGAGUUGAAAGACCUUUUGGCAUUGUCUCCCGUUCUCCUUUCUGACUUUGAAAAGGCAUUUGCCAGGCGUUUUGGACGAUCAUUUCAGUAUAUGCAGUAUGGAUUCCUCUCUAUGUUUGAAGUGCUGAAUGCAGCUUCGGAUGUCAUUUCUGUAGAGCAGACCAGAGCAGGUUCUCUGUUGACACUAAAAAAGAGUGUAUCAGAGGACAAGCAGAGAGGAUGGCCAGCAGGUAAAGUUUUUACUCAGCCAUUUAGAAUGAAACAACAGGGGUCAUAUUCUACAGGAUUCCCAGUAAUGAAGGCACACUUUUCACAACCCAUUUCAAAUAUGGAGCCCCCCAAACAAGUACUGAGCAUGGCGAAGACACCCACGUUUAAUUCUGUGGAGGCUUCAAGGCUGAACCACACUGAAAAAUUAAAUCAGUUGGAGAGCACAUUCAAAUCCGUGAUUGCACAGAUUGGACCUGGAGGGACUGUUGAUCCUGAGCUAAAGCGCAAGAUACAAUUUGUCGUGUCUAAGUUUCCACAAGGUUUGUUUAUUUCUAAACUGCUUGGAGAAUUUGAGCUAACUUUUAAAGAGCAACUUUCACCAAAACAAUUAGGGUUCUUAAACGUGACAGAACUUGUUGGCGCUCUUAGUGACAUUCUCCGAGUUGAGUUCAGUGAAGAAAGGCAAGACUUGCUCGUGUUUGAUGCUGACCUGAAGCCUCUGCCGUCUGGUGGACCGCUUUCAUCAGUCAGAAAUUCGUGUUUAGUUCAACCAGACAAGAAAACAGAAGCUAACCCUUGGACUUCCAGUCUCUCCAGAAAUUCACUAUCCACUGUAGCAGUUAAGAAGACCACGUGGGAUUGCCCUUUGAAGAACCAGAAGGAGCCAGAACAGAAGAUAUACAAGAAGCCUAAUCUGGUGGUCAAGCCUCUGCAGCUGCAGGUAGAAACAAACAAACCGCAGCUCAGCCUGUCAGUGGCAAACCACGAUAUCCCACCAGACGCUGUGCGUGCCAAGAAAUUGUGCAGACUUCCUCCAUUAGAUACCAGCACCCUUGUGGGGGUCUUCGUGGAGUAUAUAAUCUCCCCUAGUCAGUUCUACAUCCGGAUCUACAGCAGAGAUUCCUCAGAACUACUUGAAGACAUGAUGAUUGAAAUGCGACGCUGCUACUCCAACCAGCUGGUCUCUGACCGGUACAUUAUGCCAGAAUAUUUUAUACAACCAGGACAUCUCUGUUGUGUAAAGAUCUCUGAGGACAAGUGGUGGUACCGGGUUAUUAUCCAUCGGAUCCUUGGGAAAAAGGAAGUGGAAGUGUUCUACCCAGAUUUCGGAAAUAUCGGAACUGUGCAGAAGUCCUCGCUGAGGUUCCUCAAAUGCUGCUACACAAAGCUUCCAGCUCAGGCUAUCCCUUGCUCUUUGGCGUGGGUGAGGCCCGCAGAGGAACACUGGACAGCCAGAGCUAUUUUGCACUUCCAGAAGCUGUGUGGUUUGAAGCCAUUGGUGGGGGUGGUGGAUGAGUAUAUAGACGGAAUCCUUAAUAUUUUUCUUUGUGAUACGUCCUCAAAUGAAGAUGUGUAUUUUCAUCAUGUCUUGAGGACAGAAGGCCAUGCUAUUGUAUGCCGAGAAAAUGCCCCAUCCAAGGGCUUCAGGGAUUUCAACCCACCAGCUCUGUACACUAACGCCAGCUCAGCGGGCGACAUGGUCCUGACAGACCUGGGGCAUCCUGCUCAGCAGCACUAUUUAAAUGAAGACCAGGAGAUACUGCAGCAAGCCCAGCAAGAUAUUAAUGAUGGAAAGUGUAUAAGUUACCUUAAAUCUGCGCCCAAGGAAUUAUUAAAGGAUUCUAAAUUGAGCUCAUUGAAAACACAUAAGAGCUGUGAAGAGGACCCACGGUGGUCCAUCCUGCAGCCCAAGGAUCUGAAGGAAGAAAAUGAGGAUGAGGUCCCUACUGGAAUGCCAUGCCUGGAGUCAGUGACCAUAGGUGACGAUGUUUGGGAUGAGAACUGGCUCCCUCUACAGGCCAAAAUGGGGAAGGCAGGGAGUCCUGCCUCCCAGCUGUUUACUUCAAACCUUGUUGGGAAGAAACAAUAUCAGACAGGUGGAGAAAUGGCACAAAAGGACUGGUGUUUUUCUACAUCUAAAGAUAUAUGGGAUGAUUCCUGGCAGCCCUUAGGCCUUGCGAAUGAUGUGAAAGGAGGAAUUCACACACCAGAAGGGCCCAUUGCUCAAGAAAAAAAUACCAGCACAACCCGAAUUCAACAGCAGCCAGAUUUACAGUAUCCUUUGGAUUCUUCCACACUGCCCAAACUGGAAGAGUUCUACAUCUCUCUGAUCAAGUCUCAGCAGUCCGCAGAGAGGAGCCAGUCUGAACCUGCCAGCAUUCAGACUCAUGCCGGACGGGCAGCCUCAAAAGCACUCAGUUCAACCCCUGCAGUGGGUGACUCUCCAGAAAACCACUCUGGCUCUGAUAGCAGUGUCCAUCUAUCAGUUGCUUGCAGUGGUUGACUGUCAGGAUGUCAAACCGACUACACUGCUGCCCAGAUUUAAAUUCACCUGAAACUUUUAAAGCAGGUUGGUUGGUUUGGUUUUUGGUUUCCCCUUGCUCUGUGACCCAUGCUGGACUGAACCUUGCUACAUGGUUGAGACGUUCCUGGAAGUUGCUAACCUCCUUACUCUCAGAAGUGCUGAGAUGAUAGGUGCAUGCCCAGUACGCCCCACUGAAGCAGGACUUUGUGGAAUAAAGCCAAGUUAGUUUACUCUGCCCCAGAACAUGACAGUUCUUCUCUUACAGUAGGAUGCUACCUACUGCAGCACUGGCCUAGGAGUCAGCUUCUUAAAUCUGUGAGGGGCAAAAAUAUACAGUAGUAAAGUGCUUUGAACACACAACCACCAAAACUCAAUUCAAACCUUUUAAAGAUUUAUUCAUUUAUGUACUUGAUGUAUAUGGGUAUUUUGUCUGCACACCUGAAGAGGACACUGGAUCCCAUGAGGCUACGGUUGUAAACGCUGCCCCAUGGGCACUAGUAAUAGAAUUCAUGGCCUCUGGAAGAGCAGCCAGUGCUCUUAAGUACUGAGCCAUCUCUUUAGCCCCUCAAAUCAAACUCUUAAUCAAUCCAGGGUACUUGUGGUGGGCUCCCACAUGCUGCCUCACAGUGCUAAACUUCAGCCUUUGUCCUGAGCACUCUGUAUUCUGACAUGCCGUUCAACAUAACCUGGCCAACAAAUGCUAUCUGAAGCACCUUGGCUCAUACUUUAGAUGAGGUUGUCAUCAAUCUCAAUGCUUUUAUUGUACAAAGUUUUCUGUUCCUUUAGAAACAUAAUGAUUUCCCCAAACAGGUGGGGGCUAGGAGCUGGAUGGCACUCAGUUAAUAGAGCGCUUGCCUCAGAAAUAGACAUGGGAGGAGGACCAGAGGCUCUACAGAAUGGGUUCCAGGGGUAGUACUUACCCUGUGAUACCCUGUAUUCAAACAAAAACCAAUACAGCAUAAUGGUUCAGUUAUAGAAAACAAAGAUUUAAAAGACUUAAAUUUCCUAUUUUCCAGUUGUCCUUUAUUACCAUCUAAGUAUCAAAUUAGUGUCUCUUUGGAUUGAAUUGCAUUCAAAUGUUUAUUGAUGAAUUUCAUUUUUUAAAAAUUGAAUGAAUUUUUGCCCUUAAGAUUAGGGUAGAAUUUUCAGCAAUUUCUGAAAUGAUCUAAAACAUAAUUCUUGUCAUUUUAUAAUACACUUUAGUGAAACAGUGUUCAGUGUGGAUAAUAAAAUGAAAAUACUGAUAAAAGAAAAACAUUGAAGAUAUUCUUUGUCCUUGUAGUAUCAAAUACUCAACUGAGAUCCAGUCCUUUUGUGUAAAAAAAAAAAAAAUACAUCCAUCAUAUUAGUAUGCAGAUUUGAUUGUAUCUUUAAUAACAGUAAAAUUACCAGGAAACAUUUAAUUUAUAUGCCUGUUUUAUAUACCAAGGUCCUACAAAGUUUCUCAGGCAAAAAAGGGUCUUCAGUGGGAAGGAGCUAGCACUGGUCUAGCCCGUCCACGUAAGAGUGUCUACCAUCCGUGCCAUGGUUGCUAGACCUGGAGUGUUAGAGCUCCAGAUUUCUCUUUGUUCCCAUGGUUACUUCUUACAUAAGUCCGUGAGAACAUCUUGUUAACAGGUGGUCCUUUACAGCUUUACAGGGUCUGUGACCCUGGCACAGACUCAGAAUUAGAACCACUUGGCAAUAGAGGAUACCUGUGGAGUAUCACUUCCCUGUGAGCUGGAAAGAAAUAAGGGUGUUUUUGGACUCCCCUCUGGGGUGUGAACUUCAUCCACUUCCUCCUCCUGGCAUCCCUUCCGCAUUCGUGUGUUCCUCUGUUGGCCCUUAGCCUCUAAGUGUUCAUUUUCACACUAAUGUGGGAUCCCCAAGUUCGAGUCUUUGCUAUCCCUGGCUGUUUUCUGAGUAGCAUCCCCUCUGACUGGUGAUCGCCUUGAGUCAGAAAAGGCCAUAGCGCAUGUUGGUAAGAACUAAACUGGGAGAGGCAGGCAGUGAGUUGGAGAACUUCUUGAAAGGACUCUUGUUUUUU